GUUUAUCACGUGCCCGGAUAUGGGAAGUGGUGGCCGAACCGCCCCUUCCGGUUUACCGCUCAGUUGAGGGGCGCGUCUUAGGAGUGGUGGGCGCUCCCGCCCCUCCGCGUCUCGGGUUUGGAGGACGCGCCUCGGCACAGCCGGGCUCAGUCCGGCCUUGCGCUGAGUAAAGAUGACAGCAAUCAAACAUGCGUUACAAAGAGACAUUUUUACACCAAAUGAUGAACGCCUGCUGAGUAUUGUCAAUGUCUGCAAAGCAGGAAAAAAGAAAAAGAACUGUUUUUUAUGUGCCACAGUGACAACUGAACGGCCUGUGCAAGUGAAGGUGGUCAAAGUCAAGAAAUCUGAUAAAGGAGAUUUCUACAAAAGGCAAAUUGCGUGGGCUCUUCGAGACCUUGCUGUGGUAGAUGCCAAAGAUGCUAUUAAAGAAAAUCCUGAAUUUGAUUUACAUUUUGAAAAAGUAUAUAAAUGGGUUGCCAGCAGCACUGCUGAGAAGAAUGCAUUUAUUUCAUGCAUUUGGAAAUUGAAUCAGCGCUAUCUCCGGAAGAAAAUUGAUUUUGUCAAUGUCAGUUCACAGCUUUUGGAAGAAUCUGUUCCAAGUGGAGAAAACCAGAGUGUGGCAGGAGGUGAUGAAGAAGCAGUGGAUGAAUACCAGGAGUUAAAUGCGCGAGAGGAGCAGGACAUUGAAAUAAUGGUGGAAGGCUGUGAAUAUGCAAUUUCUAAUGCUGAGGCCUUUGCAGAGAGGUUAUCCAGAGAGCUGCAGGUGCUAGAUGGGGCUAACAUUCAGUCAAUCAUGGCCUCUGAAAAGCAAGUGAACAUCCUGAUGAAGCUGUUAGAUGAGGCUCUAAAGGAGGUGGAUCAGAUUGAAUUUAAACUCAGCAGUUAUGAGGAAAUGCUCCAAAGUGUAAAAGAACAAAUGGAUCAGAUAUCUGAAAGCAACCACCUAAUUCAUCUUAGCAACACUAAUAAUGUAAAACUCCUGUCUGAGAUAGAAUUCCUUGUGAACCACAUGGACUUGGCCAAAGGUCAUAUAAAGGCCCUUCAGGAAGGAGAUCUUGCUUCUUCUAGAGGCAUUGAGGCCUGCACCAAUGCCGCCGAUGCCCUUCUGCAGUGCAUGAAUGUAGCUCUUCGACCAGGCCAUGACAUGCUCCUGGCAGUCAAACAACAGCAGCAGCGCUUCAGUGAUUUGCGAGAGCAUUUUGCCCGGAGGCUGGCCAGUCACCUCAACAAUGUUUUUGUUCAACAGGGUCAUGAUCAGAGUUCAACUCUUGCUCAACACUCUGUUGAACUGACUUUACCCAAUCAUCAUCCAUUUCAUAGAGACUUGCUCCGAUAUGCCAAGCUGAUGGAGUGGCUGAAGAGUACAGAUUACGGAAAAUAUGAGGGACUAACAAAGAAUUACAUGGAUUAUUUAUCACGACUGUAUGAGAGAGAAAUUAAAGAUUUCUUUGAAGUUGCAAAGAUCAAGAUGACCGGCACAACUAAGGAAAGCAAGAAGUUUGCUACACUUCCUCGAAAAGAAAGUGCUGUCAAACAGGAAACAGAGAGUCUUCAUGGAAGCUCUGGGAAAUUAACUGGAUCUACUUCUAGUCUAAAUAAGCUCAGUGUUCAGAGUUCAGGGAAUCGCAGAUCUCAGUCGUCUUCCUUGUUGGAUAUGGGAAACAUGUCUGCUUCUGACCUCGAUGUUGCCGACAGAACCAAAUUUGAUAAGAUCUUUGAACAGGUACUAAGUGAACUGGAGCCCCUGUGUCUAGCAGAACAGGACUUCAUAAGUAAAUUUUUUAAACUGCAGCAACAUCAAAGUAUGCCUGGAACUGUGACUGAAGCAGAUGAUCUAGAUGGAGGAACAUCAUCAAGGCAACAUAAUUCUGGCACACCACUGCCCAUUUCAUCCGAGAAAGAUAUGAUCCGCCAAAUGAUGACUAAAAUAUUUCGCUGCAUUGAGCCAGAACUGAACAACCUAAUUGCAUUAGGAGACAAAAUUGAUAGCUUUAACUCUCUUUACAUGCUAGUCAAAAUGAGUCAUCAUGUGUGGACUGCACAAAAUGUGGACCCUGCUUCUUUUCUGAGUACUACAUUGGGAAAUGUUUUGGUGACUGUCAAAAGGAACUUUGACAAAUGCAUUAGUAACCAAAUAAGGCAAAUGGAAGAAGUAAAGAUCUCAAAGAAGAGUAAAGUAGGAAUUCUUCCAUUUGUUGCUGAAUUUGAAGAAUUUGCUGGGCUUGCAGAAUCAAUCUUUAAAAAUGCUGAACGUCGUGGAGAUCUAGAUAAAGCAUAUACUAAACUUAUUAGAGGAGUAUUUGUUAACGUGGAGAAAGUAGCAAAUGAAAGCCAGAAGACUCCCAGGGAUGUAGUUAUGAUGGAAAACUUUCACCAUAUUUUUGCAACACUUUCUCGUUUGAAAAUCUCAUGUCUAGAAGCUGAGAAAAAAGAAGCCAAACAAAAAUACACAGACCACCUUCAGUCUUAUGUCAUUUACUCUUUAGGACAACCUCUUGAAAAACUAAAUCAUUUCUUUGAAGGCGUUGAAGCUCGUGUAGCACAGGGUAUAAGAGAGGAGGAAGUAAGCUAUCAACUUGCUUUUAACAAACAAGAACUUCGUAAAGUUAUUAAAGAGUAUCCUGGAAAGGAAGUGAAAAAAGGUCUAGAUAACCUCUACAAGAAGGUUGAUAAACAUUUGUGUGAAGAGGAGAACUUACUUCAGGUGGUGUGGCACUCCAUGCAAGAUGAAUUUAUACGCCAGUACAAGCACUUUGAAGGUUUGAUAGCUCGCUGUUAUCCUGGUUCUGGUGUUACAAUGGAAUUCACUAUUCAGGACAUUCUAGAUUAUUGCUCCAGCAUUGCACAGUCCCACUAAACCUUAUGGAAGAAGAAAAGAUAAAUGAAGAAAGCACUCUGAGUAUACUAGACACUAUAAAAAAUAUCAGCAACUGUUUUGAGAACUGAGACUUGAAAUUUAUGUAGUGUUAAAUAGUUAAUACCAUACUACAAAUAUUCAAGAGCAAAAGUACCAACUUAUAUAACAGUUUUAUUUUAUCAAUAGUUUGUAUACUAACUUAAAACAUUUAUCUUAUAAAAUGUCAUAGCAUUUUUCUGUGACUGACCAGGAAAUUUUCCUUUAUUGCCUAGUUUCUUGUAUUUGUGAGUGGUUGUUCUAUGAGUAGUGCAUUAGGAGUUUUCAGCUUCCACUAAUUCACUAUUGCUUACAAAUCAUGUAUGCACUAAACAUUGUACAGAAUUUUUCCCCUGUCUAAUGUGUAUAUUGAUGAGGGCUCUCAAAACAAUCAAUUGUAAACUUGAAUUUUGAGGAUUAUGUGACUAGUAGCAAUGAUUCUGAAAUAAAAGAAACAUUUUCAAAAAA